AUGAGUCACGCACGUAAACAUGUCACAAAUCAAUCAUUAAAUUCAUCAUUGAAACUUGAAAAUGAUCAAAACAUAGUUAAAGUUAUUGAUAUGAGAGGUGGGAAUGUUGUAGAGGUUCAAUAUCCAAAUGGUUCAACAGUAUUAGCAAUCAUACCAUCAAAAUUCAAAAAUAUAUUAUGGAUUAAAAAAGGAAAUUAUGCUAUCAUUGAUAAAGAGGAUGAAUCUUCUAAAUCCUCUCAAGUAAAAUGUUCAGUUGUACAUAUCCUUUCAAAAGAAAAUGUUAAAGGUUUAGUAAAAUCAAGAGAUUGGCCAAAGGAAUUUGAUUUAGAAGAUAAAAAUCAAAGACAACAACCACAAAAACCACUCUUACUUACUGCUCCAACUUCAGAUGAUGAAGAUGGUGGUUUAUCAGAUUUAGGUGUUAACCCAAAUCGUAAGAAAUUUGGUCGUGUUGAUAGCGAUGAAGAAGAUCUUAGUGAUGAAGAAGAAGAAGAAGAAGAAGAAGAAGAAGAAGAAGAAGAAGAAGAAGAAGAAGAAGAAGAAGAUAAUUAA